AUGUCAGUCAAAUCAAGAGUCGCAGCAGUCACGGGCGCCAACAAGGGCAUUGGCCUCGCCAUCGUGCGCAAUCUCGCCCUCACAUACCCGUCAUCGCCUCUUCGCGACGGACCGCUCCUCAUCUACCUCUGUGCACGCUCAGCCUCUCGAGGCGCCGAGGCAGUCAAGACGCUCCAGAACGACGCACAGCUCAAGAAGGCAAAGGUCCUGGUUGAAGACGGCGGCGACACGACAAUCACCUUCCGCGAAUUCGACGUCAGCGACCGGUCCAGCAUCCACAAGUUUCGCGACUUUCUCCGCAGCGAGCACCCCGACGGCAUCGAUGUCUUGAUCAACAACGCCGGCAUCGCCAUGGACGGCUUCAACGAGGACGUCGUCAAGCAGACGCUCGCGACAAACUACUACGGCACCCUCGAAGCCACCCAGUCCAUCCUCCCCUUGAUUCGUGACGGCGGCCGUCUCGUCAACGUCAGCUCAAUGGCCGGCAAGCUCAACAAAUACACGCCCGAACUGCGCGAUGCCUUCAUCUCGGCCUCCAAGUCAGGUGUUGCCGACUGCACCUCCCUCAUGCAAGACUUCUCCAAGGCGGUACAGGACGGCAAAGAGAAAGAGCUGGGAUGGCCAUCCGCCGCAUACGCUGUCAGCAAGGCUGGCACCACUGCCUUCACAAAGGCCAUCGCUGCCGAAGAAGACAAGAAAGGCAGAGGCGUGCUGGUCAAUGCCUGCUGCCCUGGCUACGUCAACACCGACAUGACAAAGGGCAACGGCGUCAAGACCCCUGACCAAGGCGCAAAGACACCAGUCAUGCUCGCUCUCGAGGACAUCGCUGGCACCUCGGGUGGCUUCUGGCAAAGCGAGAAGAUCAUCGAGUGGUGA